CAUUGUACGCACGCCCUUUGCCAACAAUCGCCUUUCUACCGAUGUCGGAACCAGACUCUCCUUCUCAAGUGUUCUCCAGAACUGGGCAUGCCUGGCCAUGCUUGCAGCAGCUUCUAGACAAGGGUUGAAUCUCACGAGUCAAAUUCGCAGAUCAGCUCGGUCAGCCUACGGACUGCAGCCGCUAUCUGGAAUUCUCAAAUUUUCAUCGACCAGAGCCAAAGCCAAAGCCAUCAGCCACUCCGGUUGCAAUAUGGCUUCCUCACAUAUCGUCGAGGACAAACCAGAUACUUUCGCCGACGUCAAGCAGAACUCGGCCAUAGCAGCUGCGAACAGCAAUGCAGCCUCACACAAGAGGGUCAAUGCCUGGCAACAACCCGGUCCCGCUGCCUUCGAUUUCCGCAGCGACGUAAUGACCACGCCCACAGCAUCUAUGCUCGAUGCCAUCACAAACACGACGCUGCUUGACGACGUGUUCCUCGAGGACCCAACAACCAAUGAACUAGAGUCCUAUGUCGCUUCGUUGGCAGGCCAUGAAGCGGGACUGCUUGUGAUGUCCGGAACAAUGGGCAACCAAGUAGCUCUCCGCAGCCAUUUGGUCCAACCACCUCACUCCGUGCUGUGCGACAUCAGAGGACACAUCCAUAACUACGAAGCCGGCGGAGUCAGCUGCCUCUCAAGCGCCAUGCUCAUUUCCGUCACACCCAGCAAUGGCCACCACCUAACUCUCGAAGACGUACAAAAACACUGCAUCAUCUCAGACGACGUCCACGCCUGUCCGACCCGAGUCAUCAGCUUGGAGAACACCCUCGACGGGAUGGUCAUGCCCCUCUCUGAAAUCCGCCGAAUCUCCCAAUUUGCCCGCUCGCACGGUAUCAGGCUUCACUUGGACGGCGCGCGCAUCUGGGAAGCUGUGGCCGCCGACGCCGGCAGUCUGCCCGACUUCACACGCGAGUUCGAUAGUGUGAGCAUGUGUUUCUCCAAGGGACUCGGCGCCCCCAUCGGCUCCAUCAUCGUCGGCAGCAAGCCCUUCAUCGCGCAUGCACGGAGAAUCCGCAAAAUGCUCGGGGGCGGCACGCGGCAAGCGGGCGUGAUUUCCGCCGCAGCCCGCGUCGCCGUCGACGAAAACUUCGGCCACGGCCCCAACGGCGAAGGGGGCAAGCUGCGCGCCAGCCACGCCCGGGCCAGGAAUGUCGCGGCGCUGUGGACUGCCAAGGGCGGAAAAUUGGCCAACCCGACGGAAACGAACAUGGUCUGGCUUGAUCUUGCCAAUGAAGGCUGUUCAGCGGACGAAUUCGCCGAACUGGCGAGCACAGAGGGAUUAAAGGCCCGAGGUGGACGGUUGGUCGUGCAUUAUCAGAUUACCGAGGAGGCAGUGGAGAGGUUGGGCAGGGUUAUGGAUGCUGUCCUACAACGGAAGACGAGACAUGGACAGAACGGGGCGUAGCAAUGUCAAUGGGCACUGAGCAUUUUCGAUAGACAGUAGACUACAGCUCACCACCUGCAUGGGAGAAUGACUAACACUGUGAUCCAUCC